CAUAAUAGUCAAUAAACAUCCAAGGUGUACAAUCCAAACACAACACAACACGACACAAUUUCUAUGCUUAGAGCAAAAUAAAAUUAGUACAAGUGUAGCGUUGGAUAUAUAAUGAGUCGAUGUGCGGUAAAAGAAACCAGAUGGUAAUACGCACACGGAUUUAAACACACACUUACAUUAAUUCAUCAAUAUCUUCUUUAUUCGCCAACAAAUAUAACUAAGAAGAAAGAAUAAGCAAUGGCGGACAUAGCAUUAGGUGCAGAAAGACAGGACAAGAGGAAGGUGAUGAUAGCGAUUGACGAGAGUGAAUGUAGCAAAAUAGCACUGGAAUGGGCAAUUCGCAAUCUUGAUAACACACUCAAAUCUAAUGGACUCAUUCUUUUCAACGCCAUUCCUCUUGAAUAUGCUGGGGUUUUUGCUACCACUUAUGGAUCUACUCUUCCGGCUAACGUGCUAACAUCAAUCCAAGACAAUCAGAAAAAGUUUGCUGAGGCUCUCUUAGUGAAAGCCAAGGAUAUCUGUGCCAUGUAUGGGGUUAAUGCUGAAACAAUUUCAGUUUUGGGAAAUCCAAAAGAUGCUAUAUGUGAUGCUGUGCAAAAAUUUCAAUGUCAAUUACUUGUUAUGGGAAGUCAUAGUAGAGGAGUUAUAGGGAGAGCGGUGCUUGGAAGUGUAAGCAACUACUGUGUCCAUCAUGCUAAGUGUCCUGUUCUUGUUGUCAAGCAACCUGUCUGUAACAAGUCUUAAAUUUAAGUAACCGUGGCUAACUCGUUGUUUGAUAAUGUAUUUAUGAACCUGUAAUGUAUGUGCUUAAACUUUAAUUUAAACCAAUACUUGAUAAUGUCUUAGUGCAUGGUGUAUAAAUAAGGUUGCAAUCACAGAAAACAACUAAAAACUACCAGAUUAAAAUCCAAAAAAACAAGAAGCUUCUAUAAUCAUAAUUUAUAUUAUUUAAGCUUAUUAUGGGCGCAUUUCAUAGUAAGACGGUUUCACACAAUAAUUUGUGUUAUAUAAAGUCGAUUGAGUACAAACAAGGAUACGAGGCCCAAUUUAAAGAAUCCAACAUACAAGCACAAACCAAGCCCAUUUGUUGCACCAAUUGAGUAUAAACAAGGAACUGAAGCCCAAAAUUGAAAAAUCCAACAUGCAUGCACGGACUCAGCCCGUUUGUUGCUUCUUCUAACUUUGCAAGGACUCUUUAGUCUUCACCGCUGUCCGCUAACUAUAUUUGCCGUUUCAUUAUUUGCUACUCUUGUGAGAGACCAUCUCUCUUAGAAACGAUUUCAAAAUAUGAAGCCUAUAUUCUUAUUUUCACUUUAAGUUGUAUUAAUUGGGCUAUUUAGCCCAUAUAUGUAAUGUGUCUCUUAGAAAGACUGUUUCUGACAACAAUUUUACAUU